AUGACGCUCGGACAAGCAUUGACAGAGGAUGAGGUGGAUGAAAUCCUGUACUGCGCUAGGAUCGGAGACAUUGAAGAGCUCAGAGCUGCAAUUGGACAGAGUACGCUCACACAACAGACAAGCCAGGCUUCACCUGGUCAAAACACCCAGCUCUCGGGUAAAGAAGCGCUGGAUGUGCUGCAAAGAGCAGUGACCGAGCAAGGCAACUCUGCGCUACAUUAUGCCGCUGCCAAUGGCCACAUGGGUGAGUAUGUUUGCUGGGAGAGAUCAGAUCAUAUGCCUGCAUAUAUGCGCUAUCCGGCCAUGUGGUCAUCAUUGUCGCCUGGCCCUGCUUGCCCUCUCACCACUGCGCGAGGCCGCUGCUGACGACGACUGCCUUCACUGUGCACGCUCAACGUGCAGCCGUGGUGUCGGAAAUUGUUGCGAGCGCGCCUUUGGACCUCAUCUUGCUGGCCAAUGCAUCAGGCAAUACUCCAGUCCACUGGGCAGCUCUCAACGGUCAUCUGCACUGCGUACAAGCGCUCGUCGAUCGCGUAGAGAAUCUUUCGCCCACACCCACCUUCCCGCCGCCAAGCGCAGAUGGAGAUGGCAAUGGCUCCGAAGCAGGCGAAGAAGAAGAAGAAGAAGAAGAAGAGAGGAAUAGGCGGGCUGCAGAAGCAAGGAGCACAUGGGAUACCAGGAAUAAAGCGGGAAGAGGACCGAUGAGCGAAGCUCAGUUGGCUGGAAAGGAAGAGGUGGUGCAAUGGUUGUUGGGCAGGAUGAUCGGUGGACCGACACCCAGCGCGAGCAAGGAGCAAAUUGGUCAAGAUACAACUGAAGAUGCUGCUGUGGAAGAGACUAGACAAGAUGUGGAGAAAUCGUCUUUGCAGUCAUGA